AUGCCGUUCGGAUUCAGAUCCCGCAAAGGGGGUGGCGACGCCCCCAUCGCGCCCGUCGCCAGCUCCACGUCCUCGGACCCCAAUGAGCUCAACGAGAAGAACAUCAUUCAGCCGGAGCAUGAGCAGCUCAACGACGAGCAGGCCGCUCGCCGUCUGAGGCUGUUCCGCGAGGCGGCGGCCAACGAUCCCAACAUCGAUGUCGACGACCUCGGCGAGGUUGACGAGGCCGUCAUGGGCCACCAGGUCACCCGCGAGAACCAGCUCGUCGACGAACUUGUCGAGAACUCGCCCUAUCCCGAGGUGCGCGCAGCCGUUCGCAACUACGACGUGGACCUCCCUGCCAACACCGUCCGUGCCUGGUUCAUCGGCAUGCUCAUGACAACCAUCUUUUCGGGGAUGAACAUGCUCUUCUCCCUUCGUCAGCCUUCCAUCGUCAUCACGUCCUAUGUCGCCCAGCUGGUGGCAUACCCCGUCGGCGUCGGGAUGGCCAAAGUGCUGCCGAACCGUGAACUCAACCUCUUGGGCCUCAAGUUUAAUCUCAACCCGGGUCCGUUCAACUUCAAAGAACAUGGCCUCAUCGUGCUCAUGGCCAAUGCCGCGUACGGUUCCGGCGCUGGCUACUUCACUGAUAUCCUUACGGCGCAAAAGGCCUUUUAUGGCUUCGAUUUUGGCGUCGGGUACGCCAUUCUUCUGGGCCUGACGAGCCAGUGCAUAGGCUUCGGCAUGGCCGGCCUCGUGCGCAUUUGGCUCGUCGAACCGGCCUCUAUGAUUUGGCCCCAGGAUCUCGUCAAUGUGGCCUUUAUGUACACGUUGCAUGACCAUACCAAGACAGACCCGGCCAAGACGAAUGGAUGGACCGUGAGUCGCUAUCGCUGGUUCUUCUAUGUCUUUAUCGGCGCGUUCUGUUGGUACUGGAUCCCCGGCUACCUCUUCCAAGCCCUGAGCGUCUUCGUCUUCCCUACUUUCAUCGCCCCCGAUAACGUCACAGUCAACAAGGUCUUUGGCGGCUGGACCGGCAUGGGUCUGCUGCCCAUCACCUUUGACUGGACCCAAAUCGCUGGCUACACCCUCUCCCCGCUGAUCCCUCCCUGGCAUGCCAUCGCCAACACACUGAUUGGCGUCGUCGUCUUCUUUUGGAUCGCCUGCGCGGGCCUGCACUGGACGGGCACCUGGUACGCAGACUGGCUGCCGUUCAGCGAUCCGACGUCGUGGGACAACACGCAGAACCCCUACAACGUGUCUCGGAUCCUGACCCCGGAGAACACCCUCGAUGUCGCCAAAUACGAAGAGUACUCGCCCAUCUUCCUCUCCACAACCUUUGCCAUGGCGUACGGCCUAUCCUUUGCGGGUAUAAUCGCUCUGCUUUUCCACGCGGGGCUGUUUCACUCCAAAGAGAUAUGGAUGCGCUGGCGCGACAAGGAGCACGCCAUGGAUGACAUCCAUGCCAAGAUGAUGCGCAAGUAUAAGCAGGUUCCGCAGUGGUGGUUCCUCUGCGUGUUUAUCCCCAUGUUUGCACUUUGCUUCGUUACCGCCUAUGUGUGGGACACGGGCCUGACGUGGUGGGCCAUUAUCUUGGCCAUGGUCAUUGCACUCGUGUGGCUCAUUCCCAUCGGCAUCGUCCAGGCCAUCACCAACAUUCAGCUUGGCCUCAAUGUCUUUACCGAGUUCAUAAUCGGUUACGCGUUGCCCGGACGGCCCACGGCCAUGAUGAUGUUCAAGACGUACGGCUACAUUACAAUGACGCAGGGCCUGGCCUUUGUCGCGGACAUGAAGCUGGGCCACUACCUGAAGCUGCCCCCGCGGACCAUGUUUUGGGGCCAGAUCGUGGCCACCGUGUGGUCCGUCUUUGUCCAGGUCGGCGUGUUUUACUGGGCCCUCGGUGCCAUCAAGGGCGUGUGCACCGAAGACGCCGUCGCCAAGUUCACGUGCCCCAACGGCUCCGUCUUCUUCACGGCGUCGAUCCUCUGGGGCCUGAUCGGCCCGGCGCGCAUCUUCUCCGGCACGGGCAUCUACAAGAACCUGCAGUACUUUUGGAUCAUCGGCGCGGCGGUGCCCACGGCGUUUUGGCUCAUCCGGCGGCGCUGGCCCAACUCGUUUGUGCGCUACCUCAACGCGCCCGUCAUCUUCUCGGGCAGCGGCAUGAUCCCGCCCGCCACGGCCCUCAACUACCUCUCGUGGGGGCUCGUCGGCUUCAUCUUCAACAAGUGGAUCCGCACCCGCUGGAGGGGCUGGUGGAUGCGCUUCAACUACAUCACCUCGGCGGCCCUCGACAGCGGCCUCGCCAUCAGCACAAUCAUCAUCGUCCUGACGCUCAGCCUCACGGACACGGCUGCCCCGAGCUGGUGGGGGAACAAUGUCGGCGCCAAGACGCUCGACACGCUCGACGCGGCGUUUAACAAGGUGCUCGCGCCGGGGGACACGUUUGGGCCCAAGCACUGGUAG